UGAAGCUAACCCAUCUAAGUCAGUAGCUGACAUUAGCCAGUUAUUAAUUUAACACUUGAGAUGUUUCGAUUGAUUAAUCAAUAGCAACAAAGUGUUAACAAUUGUUUACCAAGCUGGGGGAAAAAUGCAGUUGUUUAAGAAGCACUUGCAUGUGUUUUGAGCAUAUUUCCGGGUUCCUCAAAGAGAGAUUAAGUAGCUAGCUUCGCGUCGCUAGCAUUGACUGAAAUUCAUGGCAACCGGAAGUAACGCUACGAGGGGAAUCGAGUCUUCUUACUCAAUGUUUACUCGGUUACCACCGUACAAAGCAGUUAAAGUACAGGGUUUGAAAACAUAAAAUAUGGUGUUCCACUUGGAUAAACGAGUCGUUAAAGCAACUGGAAAUACAGAGGUCAGGGUCGACAAAAAGUUUGCAGCAGGUGUUGGAGGGAAUUUCUGGGUAAGGAUAAAUGGCUGCUCUGCUUGAAGGUACCUACAAUAAACCUUGUGGAUUGUCCUGGAGGUGCCAAGUGAACAAAUAGAGAUGCACCCAGAAAGACCUGGACCAAAUCUCACCAAAACCUUCUCCCCAGCAUCUCCCGAGCUGCACAUUCCUCUCAUCACUCACACAGCAUCCCAUGGGGAGCAGCUGAGCAGAGGCCUGGAGGUUAGGAAGACUAUAUCAAUAUCUAUAUAAAGGAUCAGGGCCACAUUCAGUAGACAUGCUGCCUCCGGAGAAGCAGCCAUUUUCCCCCGAAAAUAUGGCUCAUUACCAGCACAAACAAAAUGAAGCAUCCUCUGGCAACCUAACAGCCAGGAGGCCCUAUGAGUGAGAUACGACGCCUGAUGACUUGAGUGAACCUGUCCUUCACUUGAGCACAGACACUCCUCCAGCAUUUCCACCCACUUUGUUUCAACAGAACUCUCCUAUGGUCCCGGACAAAAGACUACUCACGACACCAUUUUAUGAUCUCUGUGAUGAUACCGUUUCCUUCUCCUGCUCGCAUGUUACCUUCUUCUGCUCAUCUAAUCCAAAAUGGAAACUAUACCGCGGGGUGGGACGACGAUGAAGGAGGAACCGCUCGGUGGACUGAACUCGGUCCGCUCCUGGAUGCACACAGCUGGGGUGGUGGAUGCAAACACAGCCGCCCAAAGCGGUGUCGGCUUGGCACGGGCACAUUAUGAAAAGCAGCCCCCUUCCAACCUCAGAAAAUCCAAUUUUUUCCAUUUCGUCCUGGCGCUGUAUGACAGGCAGGGUCAGCCGGUGGAGAUCGAAAGGACAGCUUUUGUGGACUUUGUGGAGAAAGAUAAAGAACCAACCAGUGAAAAAACUAACAAUGGGAUACAUUACAAACUACAGUUAUUGUACAGCAAUGGCGUCAGAACAGAACAGGAUCUUUACAUACGGUUAAUCGAUUCCAUGACGAAGCAGGCCAUAAUUUAUGAGGGUCAAGACAAGAAUCCAGAAAUGUGCAGAGUUCUUCUUACCCAUGAAAUUAUGUGCAGCCGAUGCUGUGACAAGAAAAGCUGCGGAAACAGGAACGAGACUCCAUCAGACCCUGUGAUCAUUGACAGAUUCUUCCUCAAGUUCUUUCUCAAGUGCAAUCAGAACUGUCUGAAGAAUGCAGGGAAUCCACGAGACAUGCGCAGAUUCCAGGUUGUCGUAUCGACGACCGUCAAUGUGGACGGCCAUGUCCUGGCUGUCUCCGACAACAUGUUCGUACACAACAAUUCCAAGCACGGGCGAAGGGCUCGCAGACUCGACCCUUCAGAAGGUACGCCUCCUUAUCUGGAGAAUGCAGCCACCCCGUGCAUCAAGGCUAUCAGCCCAAGUGAAGGAUGGACCACUGGAGGAGCCACUGUCAUCAUUAUAGGGGACAACUUCUUUGAUGGCCUACAAGUCGUGUUUGGCACCAUGCUCGUAUGGAGUGAGCUGAUAACUCCCCACGCCAUCCGCGUCCAGACCCCACCUCGGCACAUCCCUGGUGUCGUGGAAGUCACGCUGUCCUACAAGUCCAAGCAGUUCUGCAAAGGUGCCCCUGGGAGAUUCGUCUAUACUGCCCUGAAUGAGCCAACCAUCGACUAUGGUUUCCAGAGGCUGCAGAAGGUUAUUCCCAGACAUCCCGGCGAUCCUGAGAGGUUACCAAAGGAGGUGCUCCUGAAGAGGGCGGCUGAUCUCGUCGAGGCUCUGUAUGGAAUGCCCCACAACAAUCAGGAGAUCAUUCUGAAGAGGGCAGCUGACAUCGCCGAGGCCCUGUACAGCGUUCCCCGCAACCACAACCAGAUCCCCUCUCUCGCUAACACAGCCUCCCACGGCAUGAUGGGAGUCAACUCCUUCAGCAGCCAGCUAGCAGUCAAUGUGUCUGAGUCACAAGGCAACGACCAAGUGGGCUACAGCAGGAACACCAGCAGCGUGUCCCCCCGGGGCUACAUCUCCAGCAGCACCCCGCAGCAGUCGAGCUACAACUCCGUCAGCAACAGCAUGAAUGGCUACGGCAAUGCUGGUAUGAACCUGGGAGUGCCAAGCUCCCCCGGGUUCCUCAACGGAUCCUCUGCCAACUCCCCAUAUGGAAUUAAACAAAAGAGCGCCUUCGCCCCUGUGGUCCGACCCCAGGCCUCCCCACCCCCCUCCUGCACCAGCGCCAACGGCAACGGACUGCAAGGUGAGCCCCCCUCACCCCCUCAUCCCUUCCCUACGGACUACUGGUCAGAUACCGCUGCUCAGGCCUCUGUCCGGUUCGCCAUGUCCGGCCUGGUUGUCCCUCCAAUGUAAAUGCACUUUCAUCAUCUCAAGCACCAGUCUACACAUUACCACUUCACAGGAGCACACAGCAAACACGCUGGUGUAAUGUAUAGUCAAACGCUUGUUUUCGUUUUUAAAGAUGAAGGGAAAAAAAGAAAAGAAAGAAAAUGAUUUUUUUUUUCUUUUAAAUGACUUUCGAAACCUGCAGAAAAAAAAGGAUUUCAAGAGGAACACUUUUUUUUUUUCCUGUGGGACUCUUUUUUGUGUAUAUCCUUCCCCCCAUUGUAUCACCCUUGAAGAGGACGCGGGAUGACGAAGGGUUUAUUUUGUAUACCUGUCGGGUUGUGCUUCGGCCAUGGACAUGUCCAAUCAACCACACAUUCAAUACUGGAAGGGACUCUGUGGACUCACCAUCUGGUUGUAAAGUAAAAACACUGAUGUACAGUACAUUUGCCAAUGAACUUCAAGAAAUUGUUUUUCUGUUUCAACUCUCUUUUAAUAGAUUCACAACAGUUGUGUGUCUUUAUAAUGUGACUUUUUGUAUUUUUAUGUGUGAGAAAAAUACACAGGGGCCAAGUCAGUUUGAAUUUCAACUGGAAAAUAUAUGAGAUAUAUAAUGUAGAAAAAUUGAUCAUAAAAGUACAACGAGAAACAUGGGGAGGGGCUGGGUGGGUUAGGUCGUAUCAUGUGUCAUUCCUGCAUUUUAACUUAAAUUUUGUAAUUUAUUGUAGCUAGAAAUCAUCCUCAAAAGUAAAAAAAAAAAUCCUCUUUGAUUCAACAAGCACACUGACGUGUACAAAACACUGCUCUGUUGAUGAAUAUGAUGUACUUCCAUGUCUAGAGCUUCCUUUUAAGCAAGUGUGUUUUGCCAUGUUUUUCAACUUUUUUGCUAGCACUGUAUAUUAAUGCAUUCCUAGGCUACUGUGAAGUCUGUUUCUUGUUGAUGAGGAGCAGUGUCCCCCUUCUAGCUCCAACUCCCUUAUGUGUUUUAUAUGUGGUUAAAAAUUGUAGACUAUUGUGAUAUUGCCAAACUUGUGCUAAAUAUUUAUACAUCUGUCUUUUUCAUGUUCUUUUAGAUCAACAAAAAAACAUUUAAAAAAACAAAAAAUCCAUUGAGAAUGUAGGAGUAUAGUAGUUCAUCGUCAUAUUUCUGUUCCAACACACACUUGCGCUCACUGAGGGAAAUUUUGUAACAUAUCAACUAUAAAUAAUGUAUUUAUCUCUGAAAUUUUGUAUAUUGCUUUUCAUUAUGUAUGUAUUAAUCGUCAUGCCCUUAAUAUAGUGAUGCAGCACAGAUAAUUCAGCCAAGAACUGUUGCCUUCAUUUGUUUUCUUUUUGUAUUUGAUGAAAUGCAAUGUGCAUAUAUUUCACGUGUAUCCUCAAAAAAUUUGUGUUACUCCGUCAAGACUCUCUGUCCAUUUUUUUUAAAGGGGAAGUCAAACUUCAUUGUUUAUUUUUAUAUUGAUUUUAAAUUAUCUAUACAGACCAUUUUGGAGAAAACUUUGUUGGUUGUAUUGUCAAAUAAAUUGUUUGUGACCCAUAUGAUAGUUGUUAAGAUCCAAUAGAGACUAAUGUGCAUGAGGGACAACCUUGGAGAUAAAAAAAACACUCCAUUUGUGGUUGUAUUUUUUUCUGUUUUGUAGAAUGUAUAGAAGUCAUUUUUACUCACCACUUAUGACUCUGCCACAUAGCUUACAUGUGUUUACAGGGAAGAAAAUUUAAAAAUGUCAACAUUUGGAAUGGAAACAGAAAUGAAUAAGUGAUGUUUUAUUAAAAUUUUCAGUAAAAACACAA